CAUCCCAUCGGUCCAGGCAGAAGCCCCGGACUCCGCCUGCAUUACGGUCACUGAGUCACCUGCCCCCUUGCCUGCUGCACUUGUUGAAACUCAUCAUGCCUCGGGGUCGGAAGAGUAAGCUCCGUGCCCGUGAGAAUCGCCGCCAGGCCCAAGAAGAUGAUCUGGUAGGUACCCAGGCCACUGUGGGAGUGGGAGAAGAGUUCCGCUCUGCUUCCUCUCCUCUUUUCAAAGGUAUUUCCGAAAGCUCACUUAUUGCUGGGUCAUGUUGUAAUCCACAGGUUCUUCAGAGAGCCACAGCUGUUUCACACACUGAGCCCACCUACAGAGACCCUCUAGAUGAGACGGUGGUUUUAUCGGUGUACUACCUGUUGUACAAGUAUCAAAUGAAAGAGCCCAUUACCAAGGCAGAUAUGCUGAGAAAUGUAAUCCAGGUGUACAGGAAUCACUUCCAUGAGAUCCUCAAGAGAGCUUCUGCGCACAUGGAGAUGGUCUUUGGCCUUGACCUGAAGGAAGUGGAUCCCUACCGGCACAUCUAUGUCCUUGUUAACAAACUUGAAAUAAGCUACGAUGCAAUUCUGGAUGAUGUGAGAGAGGUUCCCAAAACCGGCCUGGUGAUGGCUAUUCUGGGUGUGAUAUUCAUGAAUGGCAAUUGUGCCACUGAGGAGCAAGUCUGGCAAAUGUUGAAUGUGAUGGGGUUAUAUGCUGGGAGGAAGCACUUCAUUUUUGGGGAGCCGAGGAAGCUCAUCACCAAAGAUUUAGUGGAGGCAAAUUACCUGGAGUGUCGCCAGGUGCCCAAUAGUGAUCCUCCCCGCUAUGAGUUCCUGUGGGGUCCAAGAGCCCACGCUGAAACCAGCAAGAUGAAAGUGCUGGAAUUUAUGGCCAAGAUCCAUGAUACAGUCCCCACAGCCUUUGCAUCCUGGUAUGAAGAGGCUGUGAAAGAUGAGGUGGAGAGAGCCCGAGCCAGAGCUACAGCCAAGGCUCGUACUGCUGCCAUGGCCAGUGCACGCUCCAGGGCCAUGGCCACAAAUUCCUCAUGCCCCAAUAAAGUCUGA